GUCACGGAAGCAGGAAGUGCGAUGUCAGAAGCGGCUAGUUCAACACUGAAGAAGCUAAACAAAACAUCCAACUUCGUGUUGAGUUAACUAUUAUAGAAAUUGUUAGAUUCCCAGACUAUAUAACGGAUUUUUUAGAAUUCGUGUGAGUUCUCGACCGUAUUUCGAUUUUUUGCUCCUCCCUGCUAUUAAAGCCUGCUAUUGGGAGCCUGCUAUUAAAGCGGCUGCGAACUUGAUAGUUUGCCGGAGUUUGUCUUUUUCUUGGAACUGCAGUUAAGUUUAUGUUAUGGAAGAAAAGGAAAUAAGUCUCAUUGACAAGAAUAUUUCAAGUUUACUGGCGGUUCCCUUGCAUCCCUCGGCAACAUCACUCAUCCUGCACUGCAACAACGUCCCGAGGAUCGAGGGCCUGGACUCGGCGUGGCGCCUGAGACACCUGGACCUGUCCUCCAACUGCAUCUCCAAGAUUGAGGGUCUCAGCGCUCUCACUUCCCUGAGGACUUUGAAUUUGUCCUGCAACACCAUAAGCAAGGCUGAGGGACUGAACGGCCUUGUCAAUUUAACACGAUUAGAUUUAUCCUUCAAUCAGAUUAACAACCUUGCCGGUUUGUUGCAUCUCCAUGGCCCGGGAAGCAAGCUGAGGUGCCUCAGUCUCCAUAGCAACCACCUGGGCAGCAUCGACCACCUCCUGCAGUGCCUGCUGGGAUUGCAAGGUUUACGAGAGCUCCUUUUGAGCCAAGACGGCAAAGAUAACCCGCUGUGUAGGUCACCAGGUUAUCGGGAGGUCAUCAUGCGGUCGCUGCCGCAAGUGUUGGCUCUGGACGGCCUGGAUUGGCUGGGAAACCCAACUCCCUCACAGGCUGACAGUCUGUGUGACAUUCCUGGGCUGGAGAACUACAUGGACCUCCUCCUCUCCUCAGAUGCGGACGCUCGUCUGGCCACACCAGGCAUCAAUGCGGUUCUGGCGGAUCCGGUGGCGCCGCCCAAGAGGCAGCAUGUCAUCGAUAAUGAUGGACCACCUAACGAAGAACGGGUCAAGAAACUGGAGCAGCAGGUGUCCCGCCUCAUUCUGCAGGCGUCUGCAAGGCACAAGUCCGAUCUUCUGAGCAAAAAAGUACGGACAGCCGGGAAGGACACGGACCGCACGUCAGAGAGUGAUUGCGACAGCGCCAAGGAAAACUGCGGGCGAACGAGGAUCCCCAAAUAUCGUAAAAGUGCAACAACAAGGAGACCAGACAGUGACCAGGAGAAUCUCAAACAGAAGAGUUCAAGGUCCGCUGUUGGACCCAGGAGGUCUUCUUCCACGAGAAAAGCAGGCACAGAGGCGUCAGGGCUAACGAGGAGGGUCCCGCUGAGAGCUUCAAGCGACGUGAAAUCCAAGUUCAAUGAGGAGGAAACCUACAGGGCUAUUGUGGAGGAGCGUGACCAGGAGAGGGAGAGGCGCUGGAAGGCGGAGCAGGCUGUCAUCAAGCUCACAGAGGAGCUGAAGUGCCUGAAGACGAAAGCCAGUGAGGAGAAAGACCUGCAGAGCAUGGCCAUGCACACCACAGACAGGCUGAAAGACCUGUUGCUGAAGGAGCGAUCGGGACACUGUGAACUGCAGACCCGCGUUGAGGAGCUGCAGGGCAGGUGCGGGUCUCUGACACAGCAGCUGCAAAGGACCCGCAGCGGCGAGGAGCAGCAGAAGAACUUACUGCGCAGACUGGAGGAAAAGAUCUCCCAGGGAGACGCACACCGGGCUCACCAGCAGGCUGAAGAGAUGAAGCGGCACCAGGAGCUGGAGAACAAGGUAGCGGCCCUGAAGCGGGAGUUAGACAUCCAGAGAGCCAGUGUGUGCCAGCACAAAGAAAAAGUGCAGCAGCUGCAGGAACUGCUGGCAAACAGAGAACAAGAGCACAGGAAGCAGCUGGAGAUGCGGCUACAGCCUGGCGGGGCCGACUUCCUCGCAGCGGUGGCAAAAGAAGUGGCGUCCCAGAUCCAAGCACACAAUAAGAGGGAGUCUGAGCUGAAGGAGACACUGGAGGAAGGCAAGAUAGCGUACGCAGCCCUGGAGAACGAAUUCCGCAUGGCGCUCACCAUCGAGGCCGCACGCUUCUCUGAGGUGAAGAAGGCGUGCGAUAAAAUUACUGCAAAGCUGUCGGAGCUCAGAGUGACCCUGGCUGACUCGCAGCUGAAGGAGAAGAAAUCUGCCUCCCUGGUGCAGGAUCUCACAGCCUUAGCCAAGGAGCAGAAGAGCCGUAUUUCAGAGCUCAUCAAAGCCAAGAGGGACACCGUGAUGGAGCUGAAGAGGCGCACUCACGCCCUGGAAGCCGAGAUGGAUCAGGGCCACCGUCUGGGCCUUCAGCUGGAGAUGCUGAAGAAAGAGAAGGAGCGGCUGUCAUCUCAGUUCACGGCACAGGAAUCUGUCAUAGACGGCCUCAGGGCAGAAAGAAAGCUUUGGGGCCAAGAGCUCGCUCAGCAAGGAGCAUCCCUGGCUCAGGACCGUGGCCGACUGGAGGCCAGGGUAGAGGCGCUGUGCGCUGAGCUGGAGGCGCAGAAGAAGCAGGCUGAGAGGGACAGCGGCGCCCUCAGAAUCAAAGGCAAAAUCAUGGAGGAUCAAACAGAAACCAUCCGCAAGCUCAAAGAGACCUUGCAGGAGCGCGAGGAGCUGAUACGCAGGCUACGUGAGGAGGAAGCCCGAGCCCAGAAGACCUUCCAGCUGCAGCUCGAGGAGGAAACGUCUCGGCUGUCCGAUCUGAGAGAACGCGUGGAGCACCUCAGCCUGCGCAAGGAGGAGCUGAGGCAGCAGUUGGACGACAAGGAGGUGGAGAUUGAGGAGGUGAAACGAGUUCACAGUGAGGCCAGUAAAAAGUGGCAGGAGAAGGCUGACCUCCUUACUCAGCUGGAGAGCCAAGUGAAGCGCAUGAAGGACAACUUCGACAGCAAGGAACGCUCGCUCCUGGAAGAGAGAGAUAAAGUGGCAGAAGAGCACAGAGCUGCGACAGAGAAGCUACGCUGCAUGGACGACGCCUUUCACCUGCGGCUGGAGUCUCUGCAGGCCGCCCAUCAAGCUGAGCUGCUUCAGCUGGCCAAUGACAAGCACAGCCAGAUAGAAGCGGCCAAUCGGAAGGUGUUUGAAGUGGAGGAGGAGAUGCGUCAACUGCUGCUGGAGACGGAAGCCAACAAGAGAAUGACGGAGAAGAAAAUGAAACGUCUUACUUGCGCACUCAAGGAUUUCAACUUGUGAAUAUCACAGUUGGCCGUGUGUGGAUUAAAAGUUGCUGGUGUACAGCUGUAAUUAAAAAUGUAUUUAUUUUCCAUAAGAUAGUUUGUAAAGCAAAUUAUAUUACAUUAUCAUUU